GGCGGCCCUCGGCGCCUUUGCCUUCAGCCAGUAGUCGACGUGGCCUCGGGCUCUUCCGCCGGGGCGUGGGGUCAAGGGUCACCCAAGAUGGCGGCCUCCAGGAGGCGCUGAGGCCUGGAGCGGAGGAUGGCGCUGGCGGCGCUGGCGGCCGGGGCUCGGCUGGGGCGGCGGCUGAGCCGGCCGGGCCCAGGGCUGAGGCCGGGGCGAGGGCACCGGACGGCGGCCGGGCGCUCGCGGAGCUCGUGCGAGGCGGACGCACCCGUGUUCCAGUACGUGGGCGAGCGGGCGGCCCGGGCCGACCGCAUCUUCGUGUGGGGCUUCAGCUUCUCGGGGGCGCUGGGCGUGCCCACCUUCGUGCUGCCCAGCGCUGGGCCCAAGCACCGCGCCGGCUCGCGGCCGCCCCGCAGGAUCCAGCCCGUGCCCUACCGCCUGGAGCUGGACCAGAAGAUUUCAUCUGUUGCCUGUGGCUAUGGAUUCACACUGCUAUCCUCUAAAACUAAGGAUGUGACGAAAGUUUGGGGUAUGGGGCUCAACAAAGAUUCCCAGCUUGGAUUUCACAGGAGCCGCAAAGAUAAAACCAGGGGAUACGAGUAUGUUCUGGAGCCUUCGCCCGUCCCACUGCCUCUGGACAGACCUCAGGAGACCCAGGUGCUGCAGGUCUCCUGCGGCAGAGCCCACUCUCUCAUCCUGACAGACCGCGAAGGAGUCUUUAGCAUGGGAAACAAUUCUUACGGGCAGUGCGGAAGAAACGUGGUCGAAAAUGAAAUUUACAGCGAAAGUCACAAAGUCAACAGAAUGCAGGACUUCGAUGGGCAGGUGGUCCAGGUGGUUUGUGGCCAGGACCAUAGCCUGUUCCUGACGGACAAAGGAGAAGUCUACUCUUGUGGCUGGGGCGCCGACGGGCAAACAGGUCUGGGCCACUACCAUAUCACCAGCGUCCCCACCAAGCUGGCCGGGGACCUGGCCGGAGUGAACAUCGUGCAGGUGGCCACCCACGGUGAUUGCUGCCUGGCCGUGUCUGCUGAGGGCGGCCUCUUCGGUUGGGGGAACUCGGAGUACCUGCAGCUGGCCGCCGUUACCGACUCCACACAGGUGAACGUCCCCCGGUGCUUACCCUUCUCAGGAGUGGGGAAGGUGAGGCAGGCUGCGUGCGGUGGUACAGGCUGCGCUGUGUUAAAUGGAGAAGGACAUGUUUUCGUCUGGGGCUACGGAAUUCUUGGGAAAGGACCGAACCUUGUGGAAAGUGCACUUCCCGAGGUGAUCCCACCCACUCUCUUCGGCCUGACGGAGUUCAACCCGGAAGUCCAAGUUUCCCUCAUCCGAUGUGGCCUCAGCCACUUUGCUGCCCUGACCAACAAAGGAGAGCUGUUUGUGUGGGGCAAGAACAUCCGAGGGUGCCUGGGCAUCGGUCGCCUGGAAGACCAGUAUUUCCCAUGGAGGGUGACCAUGCCUGGGGAGCCCGUGGAUGUGGCGUGUGGUGUGGAUCACAUGGUGACUCUGGCCAAGUCUUUCGUCUGAAGCCCCUCCCUGACCUGCUUGAGCCCGGAACCGGAACCUGGCCUCAGAACCACUGGGACUGCUUGGCAGAGGCCUCCAGCGGGGC